AUGGCGGACGUGGACAUUGAGGAAAGUAUAUCUUUUGUUAUACUCCCGUCUUCAAAAGUCAGGGACACAGUCAGUUGCUCAAUUAACCUACGACAUGUUAAGCACCUCCACAUACCUAAACUUAUUGAACCUCAACAUAUAGUAUCCACUCAUACUGAAGCUGUAUCUAUAGCACCUCAGCAAACUGAACUUCAACAUAUAGCACCUCAACAAUCUGAACCUCAACAUAUAGUAUCUACUCAUACUGAAGAUGUAUCUCUAGCACCUCAGCAAACUGAACCUCAACAUAUAGCACCUCAACAAACUGAACCUCAACAUAUAGUAUCUACUCAUACUGAAGCUGUAUCUCUAGCACCUCAGCAAACUGAACCUCAACAUAUAGCACCUCAGCAAACUGAACCUCAACAUAUAGUAUCUACUCAUACUGAAGCUGUAUCUCUAGCACCUCAGCAAACUGAACCUCAACAUAUAGCACCUCAGCAAACUGAACCUCAACAUAUAGCACCUCAGCAAACUGAACCUCAACAUAUAGCACCUCAGCAAACUGAACCUCAACAUAUAGCACCUCAGCAAACUGAACCUCAACAUAUAGCACCUCAGCAAACGGAACCUCAACAUAUAGCACCUACUCAUACUGAAGCUAUAUUUAUAUACUGA